GGGAGGAGGAAAGGGGGUUCAAUUCAAGUCUGGGCCUGCCCCUAUUACUCCCCUCCGGGAGGCAUCCAUUGGCUGCACCCCGUGAGCGCCGAGCUCUGAUUGGGGACGGGCCGCUGCCAGUCACAGCAAGGGCUGGCAUGAGGACUGUGCGUUGUGAGGAGUGUGCAGGACUGACCUACUAACACAGAUCCCUCGCCAACGGCGGCGGCAGUAGCAGCAGCAGACGCGCUCGCGCCCUGGCUGAUACCGAAGCUGCUCCCCGCGCAGGACUGGUGCAAGGGGCUUCCGGGGCUUCACAGCCCCUCACACCGAGUUCUCCCGUCCCGCUCCCCAGAGCGAUCGGGAGAAGAACAGAGGCAAAAGCUAGCGCUUUGCUGGGAGGCUACAGCUUAUUCCAUUCUACCAGUGGCGAUUAUGAAGAGAAAAAGGACCAAAUCAUCAGGUGAUGUACAUUGACAUAGUACCACUGCCUUCAAUAGAACAACACUAGUUUACACCAGCUGAGGAUCUGGCUCAUAUUUUGGAUUGGUUACUUAGCAAGUUCCCGUUACAUCUCUCAAGAAGUAAAUUGGAUCUGAACAUUCUUCUGUUUAAUAAUAUGAAACAAAAGGAAUAAUGCAUAUGGAUUUAGAAUUACUGUAUUUAUUAGGUAGUUAUGGUUUGAGAAGCACUGGGAAAACAGCUCACUCUGUUACUCAUCAUAGAUCUACUAAAAAUUGCUUCUGAUGCAGCUGAGAAAAAUGCAGACCAUUAAAAAGGAACAGGCACCUGUUGAUGCAAGUAGCAAUACGGACAAAAUCAUGGUGCUUAAUUCUACUUUAACAGAAGUGUCUGAAGACUUGGCUACAAAUGAAGACAUAAUACUUAAUGAAGGAAAUAGUGGAAAAAACAAAUCUUCAUCAUGUCGGAGAAAGCGGGAAUUCAUUCCAGAUGAAAAGAAAGAUGCUAUGUAUUGGGAAAAAAGACGAAAAAAUAACGAAGCUGCCAAAAGAUCUCGUGAAAAACGACGACUGAAUGACCUUGUCUUAGAGAACAAACUAAUUGCAUUAGGAGAGGAGAAUGCCACGUUAAAGGCUGAGCUGCUUUCACUGAAGCUAAAGUUUGGUUUAAUUAGCUCUGCAGCAUAUGCCCAAGAGAUACAGAAGCUCAGUAAUUCAACAGCUGUGUAUUUCCAGGAUUAUCAAACUUCCAAAUCAAAUAUUAACUCAUUUGUGGAUGAACAUGAACCAUCUAUGGUAGGUAGUAGUUGUAUUUCUGUCAUCAAACACUCUCCACAAAGCUCUUUGUCUGAUGUGUCUGAAGUAUCCUCAGUAGAGCAUACUCAAGCAAGUCCUAUACAGAAUAAUUGCAGAAGUUCUGAAAAUAAGUUUCAAGUUAUAAAGCAGGAGCCAAUGGAAUUGGAGAACUAUGCAAGAGAGUCAAGAGAUGAUAGAGGCUCCUAUACAGCAUCCAUGUUUCCAAACUACAUAGUAAAUACCUUUAAUGGGUACUCACAUUCCCCUCCUCUGCUGCAAGUUAAUAGGUCCUCCAGUAAUUCUCCAAGAACUUCAGAAGCUGAUGAUGUGAUCAUAGGAAAGUCAUCUGAUGGAGAAGAUGAGCAGCAGGUCCCUAAAGGUCCAAUUCAUUCCCCAGUUGAACUUAAAAAUGUUCACGCAACAGUUAAAGUUCCAGAGGUGAACUCUUCUGCACUGCCUCACAAGCUUCGAAUUAAGGCCAAAGCCAUGCAAAUCAAAGUGGAAGCAAUGGAUAGUGACUAUGAUGCCACACAGAAACUAUCAUCACCAGUUGAGAUGACAUCUAAAAGACAUUUUGAGCUUGAAAAGCACAAUGCACAAAAUUUGGUACAUUCUUCUCACACUCCUUUCUCUGUUCAAGUGACUAAUAUUCAAGACUGGUCUCUCAAACCAGAACACUGGCACCCAAAGGAACUCAAUGUAAAAAUUCAGAGUGGUUGCAAAACUGGAGUUGUUGAAAUUAAAGACAAUGUCUACAAAGUAUCUGAGUCAGAGAACUUGUAUUUGAAGCAGGGCAUAGCAAACUUAUCUGCAGAGGUUGCUUCACUUAAAAGACUUAUAUCUACACAACAAAUCUCUGCUUCAGACUCUGGUUAAGUUACUACUGAAUAAAGGCUUAUUGUUUUAAAGGAUGUCAUUUGCAGUAGAUCAAUAUGUUUUGUAUUAUGCUGAAUUUUCACUGGACUUGUGAUGUCAUUUCACUGUAAUGUUCACAUAAUGUCUGAUUGAUGGUGUCUUUUUGUGCACAAAUUAUUAUGAAGACUAGGUUGUGUUAUGAUCACUAUGCCUUGUGUAUAGUCAAGUAGCCUGUAUGGGGGCUGUAUAUAGUGAACCUUUUUUUCCCCUUGUUGUUGUUGUUGUUCUAUUAUAAAGUGUGCAAGUUACCAGUUACAAUAAAAUAUUGGUGACAAACACAGAA